CCUUGGCACUGGGGCUAUUAGGAGGCAGAGGCUCUGGGUAGGAGUUCCCAAACCAGAUUUACCUGUUCGUCGCACCUAUCCCUAGAAGGGCGGGCUGGGGUGUGGAGGCGGUGCCCUGCGGACCCGUGGGGAGACAAGCCCUGGUCUCCAAGGCUGCAAAACCCUCGGCACCGCGGGAGCCGCGCUCAGCUCUCCCAACUCGAUACGGAGCUCCCCGCGCGCCUGGUCCGCUGCGGGGCCGAGAGCAAAGGGGGCAGGCGCUGCGUGGAAGGCUCAGGGGCUUCAGACCGUGCCCGGGAAGCCGAGGCGCAGCCAACCAGGAAAUUGGAAGCGGCCGAAGCCACGGGGAAGCGGGGGGAGGCGUCCGGGGGCCACGGGAAAGUGGGAGGGGCUCGGGCGUGGCUCCACCCGCGGCACUGGGAGCCGGGGCGGGCGCGCACGUGUGUAUACAAGUGCGUGGGCCCACUGGGCGUCCCGGACUACAAGUUCCAGCGUGCCCAGCGGCGCUCCCGGGUUUUCUGGCCGCGCCGCCCGCUGGCUCCGAGCAGGUCGCCACUGGCUGGCAGUCGCCACCCAGUCCCAGAGUAAAUAAGGGAGAGACACUCCCGAGCACCGUAAAUAGAGUCCAAGUGGGCGGAGAGCUGCCCCGCGCCGCCCGCUCAUGUCUCUGCAGAGCCGAGUGUCCGGCCGCCUGGCGCAGCUGCGCGCGGCGUGGCAACUGCUGGCCGCCCCGCGCCCCUGGCCCGGGCGCUUGGGGGGUGCCCCGCGGACCCGCAGCAGCGCGUGCGGUCCCCCGGCGUCCCUGGUCGCGUUCGGCCGCCAGGCGCGGACCUCAGCGGGAGUUGGGGCGUGGGGGUCGGCGGCGGUGGGGCGGACAGCCGGGGUGCGCACUUGGGCCCCCCUGGCCAUGGCGGCGAAGGUGGACCUGAACACCUCCACCGACUGGAAGGAGGCGAAAUCCUUUCUGAAGGGCCUGAGUGACAAGCAGCGGGAGGAACAUUACUUCUGCAAGGACUUUGUGAGACUGAAGAAGAUCCCUACGUGGAAGGAGAUGGCGAAAGGGGUGGCCGUGAAGGUGGAGGAGCCCAAGUAUAAAAAGGACAAGCAGCUCAACGAGAAAAUCUCCCUGCUCCGCGGCGACAUUACCAAGCUGGAGGUGGAUGCCAUCGUCAAUGCUGCCAACAGCUCCCUGCUCGGAGGCGGUGGCGUGGACGGUUGCAUCCACCGGGCCGCCGGCGCCCUGCUCACCGACGAGUGCCGGACCCUGCAGAGCUGCGAGACCGGCAAGGCCAAGAUCACCGGCGGCUAUCGGCUGCCCGCCAAAUACGUCAUCCACACGGUGGGACCCAUGGCCUACGGAGAGCCCAGCGCCAGCCAGGCUGCCGAGCUCCGCAGCUGCUACCUGAGCAGCCUGGACCUGCUGCUAGAGCACCAGCUCCGCUCGGUGGCGUUCCCCUGCAUCUCCACCGGCGUGUUUGGCUACCCCAGUGAGGCGGCAGCCGAGGUCGUGCUGGCCACUCUUCGCGAGUGGCUGGAGCAGCACAAGGACAAGGUGGAGCGGCUGAUCAUCUGCGUGUUCCACGAGAAGGACGAGGGUAUCUACCGGAGCCGGCUCCCCCACUACUUCCCCGUGGGUCGGGAAACCAUGGGGCAGCCUGGGAGGGCGGGGACACCCACAGACACCUCUGACUCUGCUCUGCCCUCAGACCCGCCUUGCGGACCUCGCUCCCAGCUCUGAGAGGUCGCCAAAGCCUGCAGCCUGGCCACCCCUUCUUUCCCUCCGCGCCCGCCCGGAGGAGCCUAAUAAAGAUCACCCUGUGGCAGCUCC